AUGUCUUAACAGUAAAGUUCUGAAUAAUUUUCAUCUCCUUAAUCCGGAUCUACAAUAGAGUCAAAAUAAAAACAUAAAACUAAAAUUAGGAGCAUUUCUACCAAUAAAUAGUACAACAAAGCAGACCAAUAGCCUUUAAAAUUAGAUAAAAUAGAUUUUAAAAAGCGUGAAAAUUCAUUUGUUCUUGAUUGCUAAAAAUUUAGUGCAAAAGAAACUCUAACUUACGAUCCUUUGUUAGAUGAUAAUUUAAGAUUAUUUUUUUACAAUCCUCGCAAUAAAUAAAGUCUCAUAAAGAAUGGAUUGAUAAAAAGAGAUGGAAGUCCUGUUGAUUCUAAAAUGUAUAGAUAAUUUUUAAACUAAACGACAAUAAAUAGAACCAACUCAAUAGAGACCUUCUAUGAGAGGGAAGUAAUAAAAAAACAUAAGGAUUAAAAGCUACCGCCCAUAAUAAAAAUAGAACAAAUUUCGCCAAGAUAAAAUAGCAACGAUAAAGAAAAAGAAGAAAAUUUAAGCACUAAGCAGUUGACUUAAAGAAAAGUCUAAAAGCCAACAUAAAUUUAAUUAGAUAAACAGGAAAAUUCAUUUUCCAAUAAUUUUUUAACUCCUCAGACAAAGUAUAAUGCUGGAAGGAAAAGCCCAUUUGCUAAAUCUUAAAGUAGAAGAAGGAUUUAAAAGAUAUCUUCUGUUGAAAAAGAAAGAACUGAUAAAAAAGAAAAAAUAAUUCACACUUAUGGAUAUACCUUAUAGGAGUUAAAAGAAGAUAGAUAAAAUACGAAAGAGUUAAAAAAAAAUUAAGUAAAUAGCUAUUAUGAAAAAAAUAGAAACAGUGAAAGUCCUAACAAAGAUAAACCUGUAAAAAAGGAGGAUUUCGAUAUAUUUAUUCAAACUUUUAGAUAAAAAUACUCAAAUAAAAAGCUUACAGAUUAAUAAUGA